AUAAAAUUAUAUAAUAUUUUACUAUAUAUAACUUUACCGGGUUCUUUCACUGCAUUACACAGCCCCCAUAACAGCUUAGCUAGCUGGCUAACUGACACUUCCUAUCUACAGAUACAGUGGUGUAAAAAAAAAAUCCUUCUACAGAUUUUUUUUGUUCAUACUUUUCAGGUUAACAAACGCAUUUUACUUUCAGACUAUGUAACCUGAGUAAUUAUUUAUUAAAAAAUCUUUUUGAGUGAAAAUUGUAUUUAUUAAAAGAAAAAAACUAUCCGAACCAAUCUGGCCCUUUGUAAAAGUAUUUCCCCCCUAAAUCUAAUAAUUUGGUUGUUCCACUCUUGGUGGCAACAACUGUAACUAAGCUUUACUGAUAACUGUGGCAAUGAGUCUUUCACGUCUCUGUGGAGGAAUUUUGUUCCACUCUUCUUUACAGAAUUGUUUUAAUUCAGUUACAUUAGAGAGUUUUCAGCAUAAACGUCCUGUUUAAGAUCAUUCACAGCAUCUCCACAGAGUGACUGGGUCACUCCAAAACUUUCAUCUUGUGUUUUUAAUCCAUUCAGAGGUGAACUUGUUUGUGUGCUUCGGGUAAUUUUUCCUGCUGCAGAACCUAAAUAUGCCUAAGCAAACUGAUGGACAGACAUUCUCCUUCAGGAAUUCCUGGUUCCAUCUAUUACAGCAAGUUGUCCAGACACUAAAGCAGCAAAGCAGCCCUAGAUCAUCACACUACCACCACCAUGUUGAUGUUCUGUAUGAUGUUUUUUUCUGAAAUUAUGUGUUAGUUUUACACCAGAUGUAACGGGACACACAUCUCCCGAAAAGUUCAAUUUUUGUCACGUCAGUCCACAAUUUAUUUAUUUUAUUAUCAAGAUAUUUGUUGUCCUGGUGAUCAUUGUGGAUGUCUGUAAAUGUGAGACAGCCUUGUGUGUUCUUUCUGGUCAGCAGUGUUUUUUUUUUUUUUUACUUUGGAGCUUUCCCAUGCAUACUAUUUUUGACCAGUCUCUUUUCUAUUACUGAAUCUUUAACACUGACCUUAACACAAGUCAGACCUGCAGUUCUUUAAAUGUUGCUCUGGGCUCGUUUGUAACCUCAUGAAUAAGUUGUCCAUGCCCUUUUUGAGUAAUUUUGGUCGGCCAGUCACUCCUGGGAAGGUUUACCAGUGUGAUUUCUUGAUUAUACAGGUCUGGCAGUAAUCAGGCCUGGUUGUGAUGCUGAUUGCUCAGAGCACGCGCUCAGUCAACGUUGCACGCACUCGCGCUUGGACCAACAUUGAGAGCACAGACUGGUGGGAGCGGGUAGUCAUGACUGAGUUCCAGCCCUCUGAUUGGCUGGAGCAUUUCCGUAUGAGCAGAGAGACCUUCUUCAUCCUGUGUGGGAAGCUGAAGCAGCGCCUCACCCGUCAGGACACCUGCCUGCGGCCCGCCCUGCCCCUGGAGAAGCGUGUGGCCGUGGCAUUGUGGCGACUGGCGUCUAACGUGGAGUACCGCACCAUCAGCUCGCUGUUCGGCGUGGGUCGUUCCACUGUGUGCAAGUGUGUGCGUGAGGUGUGCCAUGCUAUCGCCGUCAUGCUCCGCCCGCUCUAUCUCCGCACUCCCAGCCAGCAGGAGCUGGAGGAUGCUGCCCGUCUUUUCAGCACUCGCUGGGGCUUCCCGCACUGCGUGGGUGUGCUGGGCAGCCUUCAUGUGCCAAUCAUAGCACCCACCGGCAACGCCGACAGCUACUGGAACAGCCGCGGCUGGCUGUCUGUGGUCACUCAGGGCGUGGUGGAUGGUCUGGGUCAGUUCUGGGACGUGUGUGCCGGAUUCCCCGGCGGCACAGAACACGCCUCCAUCCUGCAGAGCUCUACUCUGUGGACCAUGGGAUGCGAGGGCAGCCUCUCCCCUACUGACCCACCACCACGGAACUUCAUGGGCAGGCCCUUGGGGUACUUAAUGUUGGGGGAUGCUGGGUAUCCUCUACAAAGCUGGCUGCUGAAGGGUUACCCUGAGUCAGAGGGUCUGACCCCCGGGCAGCGGGCUUUCAACCGGCGGCUGGAGAGAGCCCGCAGCGUGGUGGACGACGCCUUCAUCAGGCUCAGGGCACGCUGGCAGUGCCUGCUGAAAAGAAACGACUGCCACAUGGAUGUGGUUCCCACUAUGAUCCUGGCCUGCUGCAUCCUUCACAAUGUGUGUGAGGUGCACGGGGACAUCUUCGUGGAGGAGUGGCUGGACGCUGUGAGGAAGGAGGACAACCCACAGCCGGCCGAUGAGGCGCCAGCUUCAUGCGACAGCCCUGCCGGAGAGGAGGUGCGGGCGCUGUACUGCGAAUACUUCCUGCAGCAGGACAAUCACCAGAUCCAGCAGGAGCAUUUGAUCUGAGAGCAGCAAGAGCUUGAGUAGGGCUGAGUGAAAUUACUGUAUUCAUUUUUAUUUACAAAAAGGACAUCACAGUAUGCUUCCCUGUUCAUAACCUCUACUAUUUGGUUUAAAGGAGAACUCUGAUGUAAAAUGGACUUUUGGUGUAUUAAAUGAUGAUAAAAAGUACUUAUACAAAUUUUAAAGGUUUGUCCAAACACCCUUCAGGCUGGGUGAUACAGGGCAUAAUUCCCCCUAAUAAAUCGCUUUUUCCAAUGUUUUUCAAGCUCAAAGUAGCUUGCUAGCAUCCAGUGAGCCCUGAUAUUUAAAACGAGGCAUUAUUAACUUAAAAAGUGCACAAGAAGCUUAUUAAAACCUUUGUUUACAUCCCAUAAGCGAGCUUCAGCACCCUGGUGUUUGGACAAACUGUUAAAAUUUCUGGAUCUCUGAAUGCUGUGGGAGAACGGAGGUGUGCUAUUCAUCAAAGGUAAGUACUUUUUAUCAUGUUUUACUACAACAAAAGUCCAUUUUAAACGAAAGUCUGAAGUGGACUUGGGUUGUAGUGAAACAUGAUAACUAAUACAAACACACGUCAUUGGUAGAAUUCUAGAGAGAAUUUAAUGUUGAUUGAUAAGCAUGAACAAAUAGGUAGGAUAGAGGAACAGAUUGCAAAAUUAAUUUAGUGGAAAUGUAUUAUUGGUAUAGAGCUAUUUUCAGCAACAACUGCAAUUCACGUAUUUCCACUUUAAGCUUGUUAAUGAUGUAAAAAUAGUGAUUUAUUUGCAUAAUGCACUAGCAUUGUAAGCCUGUUGAGAGCAUUUAGGAAAUGCUAAGGGGUGUAGUACAUUUCACUCUCUCCAAACCAUCGCUGAUCAUCAGUAAAUUUUACAUUUCAUUUGUAAAUCAAGGGUUUACACAGUCCAUGCUGCUUGAGGUCUAGUGUAAAGUUUCCACUAAUCAGUGAUGGUUUGGAGAGACAGGUCAUCUGCUGGUGUUGAUCCACUGUGUUUUAUUAUCAAGUCUAAAGUCAGUGCAGUGUUUGUUUUCCCACAAAAUCUUACAGAACUUCAUGCUUCCCUCUGCUGACAACUUUUAUGGAGAUGUGGAUUUUAUUUUCCAGCAGGACUUAGCACACUGCCCGCACUGUAGCCAAAAGUACCAAUAUCUUAUAUAAUAUUCAAACUUUCUGAGACACUGAUUUUUGGGCUUUCCAUUGGCUGUAAGCCGUAAUCAUCAACAAUAAAAGAAGUAAAUGCUUAAAAUUGAUCACUGUGUGUCACAUUUUGAACUGAAUUACUGAAAUAAAGUAACUUUUCAAAGAUAUUCUAAUUUUUCGAGAUACUCCUGUACUACUUCCUUGUCCCAUGACUUUUGGCAUAUCAGUGUCAAAGAAAAGAUACUUCAGUAUGGAAGUGCUGCAAAGGCAGAGCCAAAGUGCAGCUGAACUCUGUAGUGCCCUCUGUUGGACAGUCAGUUGAACUUCAACCGGAGCUGAAUGCUGCCAUGCUGGCUGAUACUACUGUUUUCUUAUUGUUUGUGUGUUUUUUUUAUCUUGUAAAACAAGUUAUAUUAUGCUCUGUAAAAUGUCUACAAUAAAAGAGAACCAUGUAUUUGUAAUAA